CGCCGCCAGUCUUGCGUGUGGCGGUGGUCGCGGCGGCUGUGGCGGCGAGCGACGCGCGGCCAGUGAUGGUGAGCCCCGCGGCGCCCAGUGAGUGAGUGAGUGAGUGAGCGUCAUGCUGACCGCCCUGCAGGGGGGCUGUACACCGCCCCCUCACGCCCCCUGCCGCCCAUGGUGGCCCCGGCUGGGGCGGCGGCGCCCGCCCCACGCCCACGCCCGCACCAGCGGCAGUUCUGCGACGCGUGCAACACGGCCUGCGUCUUCAUGAACAGUCGGCGCCGCAAGUUCCAGGCGCGCUACGAGGGCUACGUGCUGCUCAAGCGGGUCACGGCGGCGGCCUGGCGCCCCAGCCUGCCCUACGUCAUGAUGGGCGCGCCCGCGCCCGCCCACGCUCGCCGCCACUCCUCAGGCGGCGUGCUGGACGAGGAGUCUGACCCCUGUCCCGCCCCGCCCCUUCCCCAGCAGCCCCAGGGGCGCGCCUCUCCUCCCACUGCUUAUGGCAGGUCCUUGUCCCAGGGGGACUGGCGCCCCCCGACGGAGGGAGAGGCCUCGCCCCCGUGGGACAAAGUGGUCAAUUUGGAGGAGGCCGGGCCCCUCACGCCCCCCACGCCACCAACACCGCCCACGCCGCCCGCCCAGUCCCCUGCGGAGCCUGCGGGCCGCAAGUCGCGGCGGCACUCCGCCAUGAUGGAGCGGCUGGCGGGCGGCCACCAGCGGCUGUGCCGGAAGAAGUCCCGCUCGCAGGACAACCUGGGCUCGGCGGGCGGCGGCCACGCGCGCCUCAACAACACGGUCAUCCCGCCGCCCGCCUCCCUCACUUCCGCCCUCUCGCGCUCCGAGGGCAGCAUCCACAACGUGCACGGCGUGCUGAGCGCCGUGCCUGUGUGCCUGGAUGACGCGGGCGUGGGCGCGGGCGGGCUGCGGGCGGAAGUGGGCGAGCUGGCGCGGCUUCCCAAGCGGCUGCUGCACCGCGUGACGGGCGAGGUGGGUCAGCUGGUGUUCGACCUGGAGGGCUGGCGCGAAGAGUACCUGGUGCUCACCCACACCGGCAUCGCCGCCAGAUCGGUUAGUAUUCAGUUUGACGAGGCCGGGAAGAGCGUACUAGCAACGGGCGCCCUGGAAUCCCUCGUCCCUUACUCGCAAAUAGAGGAUGUGCACGUGGUGGUGCCCUGCGGAGCCUCGGGACACAAGUUUUGCGUCAGGGUGGUAGUAAGGGACGGGUCACUACUUCUUCAGGCCAAUAACUCGUAUACUAGGGACCAGUGGCUUCAUUCUAUUAUAUGGAAGAAAAACGUUUAUAAAUAUAAGAACGUUUUGAGGACAGCACAACGCCCUGAAGUGCUGCUGAAGGAACUGAAGAAUUUGGUGGAGCUGUCCCUGUCCACACCUCUCCAUGACCCGUCUGUGUGCCGCGUGCCUCUUGAGCUGGCGUCCAACAUUCUGACCACGGGUGAGAAAUGGCUGAGUCGGCAGAUCACAGAGGAGAUCAUUGUUACCCUGGCCCCCCUGCUGGAGAACAACCAACCGUCUCCGGAGAUCUGCCAGUUUUUCAGCCAGCACUGCACAGACAACCCUCGCUCCUGCCUCGUCAUUGACAUGUUCACGCCCAUCGUCAAGCGAAUCCUCAAGCACAAUGUGGUGAGGGGGGUGGGGGUGACGGGGUCGAUGGGAGCGAUUGGGGCAGGCGAGGAGAGUGUGUGUUGUCAGGACUUCGGCAAGUACCCAUACGUGAGGCGGUUUGUGCAAGAUUACAUUCAGGCACUCAACAGCCAGAAUGACGGACGCAGGGUGGUACAUGAGUUUGUGGACAGCAUGCACGGCCCCACCAGCACCUGCCCACACUUGCGUGUCCUCCCCAACCUGGUGGCCACCUGUACAUCGGCUGUCUGCUUCCUGGUGGCUGAGCAGAAGGACCAGGAGCGUCUAAACUCACUGACGCAAAAUUCAGAUGAGAUCACACACCACCUUCAUUGCUACCUGAGUGUGCUGAAUAAGAUCUGUGAGUAUGACGACUGGAGACCCGGCCUGGCACAGCUCCUCCAGCCCAUCCCCUUCCCUGACGUGGCUCUGGCUGAUGAGGACUUCAUCAGAGAGAUCCUGCCAAUCAUUGAGAAGAUCGGCACUGACCCGCGUUGUGAGGUUCACCAGAUGGUGCUGGGAACACGGGAAGACAAGGAGGGCUGGUUCAACGUUCUGUGUCCCUCCUCCCUUGCCUGUGUGGAUGAAGGGAUCGUGUGGGCGUCUAUUCUCCAGACUCUCAUCUCCUGCUGCUGCAAGAGAAAGAAGUUCCUGGGAAUGCUGGUGAAGUCCCUCGGUGCCUGCAUGCUGCUGGCACUGCGCGGCAACAACACAGCACAGGAGGUGCUGUGCCUAAUGCUGGAGUGGAAACUGGUGGAGGGGCCAGACCAGAGCCUGCAGGUGGUGACGACACUGCAGUCAACACCAUCUGGCAAACGGCACUACCAGGCGCUGUGUGAGAGGCAGAUGCACCUUAGGGAACUGCAACAGAAGGGUGGCCCCAGGAAACUGACACUACCCAGCCGCAGCACAGACGCCGAUGUCAACCGUAUGCUGUCAUCCGGGUCAUUUGGCAACCUGGAGUGCCUGUCACUGGCCUUCACCCGCGUCACCAGUGCCUGCGCUGAACAACUCAUCAAGCUGCCCACCCUUCGCUACCUCAACCUCUGGGCCACACAGUUUGGUGACGUUGGCCUCCAGCUGAUAUCCGAACACCUCCACAAACUGCAGGUCCUCAACUUGUGUGAGACUCCAGUCACUGAUAAAGGUCUGGAGGCACUAGCAGCGGUGAAGAGCCUGCGGCGCCUCAACCUGAACAGCACAAGUCUGUCAGUGCAGACGUUUGAGACACUUAAGGAGACACUGCCUGGUCUGCUGGAGGUGGAUGUGCGCUACACUGAUGCCUGGUGACCCUCGCCCCCAUCUGCUGACCAACCAGACGUCAGCAGAUCCCCUGGAGGCCCCACAGCAUUCCUGCGGCGUGUGCUGCACCAGCUGGGGCGGCGGCGGCGCGACCGCAAGUCCCAGGAUGGCAGCACGGCAGGCGAGCAGAAUAAUGUGCGGGCGGAGUGCGCCUGCCUGCCCCGUGCCAGUGGCCUCACGCGCCGCAAUGUUUUGGUGCGUGCCAAGAGCGAGGAGCAGACCACCGUGCAGCGGCGGCAGCUGGUGCGGGCCGCCAGCGAGGACCAUCAUGCCCGCUGCCCUGCCCCCCCCACCCGGCCCCCCUCGCCCCCGCCACCGAGACCAAAGAACCUGCUCACUCGGGCCAAGAGUGAGGAGCAGCAGAGCGCCGCCCGCUGCCACCUGCUGCGCACCAACAGUGAUGGACGCCGCUACAAAGUGAGCAACCUGCUGCGCCAGGAGGCCGCCGCCGCUGCCGCCGCCCAGGAUGCCCACCAGCCCGCCCUGGCCUAGUGAGCCAGGCUGGCACCAAAGACUGGGCAGCGAGGGGCAGUACAGAGGGCUAAGCUGCGGCUCACCAUCACCACCACCACCACACCGCCAGGCACAAACACAGGUCUUGGUGACCACCACCACCAGCUGUUGUAAAUGUUACUUUUUGUCGUAAAAACUGAGACUUGAAGAAGAGAAAGACUGGCACUUUUAGUCCUGCUGUGUGGAAUAUUGUGGAAAGCUUUAAUUCACAUCACUAAGAAAACCAGGCAUUUAUUUUAAAAUUGUGCACAAAACAAAUUUCUGUCACAUCCACCCACCUGCCAGGCACCAGUGUGGGCCAGACACAGGUGAGGGCUGGCAGAAUACCAGUGUGCCAGGUGCCGAGAUGGAGGCGCAGCAGCAAGAGUGGCAGCACUCCAGCAGUGAGUCAGUCAAUCACCAGCCACAGUGAUCCUGUGUUCAGUGCCCUGUGAGGUGGCCACCACCGGGCAGGAGACAUCCCGGUGCUCAGCCAGGGCCGGGCCGACCUGUGUGUGCAUGUAUGUGUGUUUGCCCAGACACGACCAAAGAGUGUGUGCGUGUGUGUGCGUUGGUCUGCUGUACAUCUUUAAGUGUGCGCCGACACUUGGCAUUACCAACGGGCAUAAUUCUGUAUUUAUUUACCUGUGAGUGAAUCAGGUCUGCAGGUGACAAACGGGACACCAGGUGACUUGUGCCUCACUCGUGUAACUUAUUAACCCACAAUGCUAUUUAAGAUUACAACUAAUGAACACUGUUAUUUCCUCCUUGAACACUGAUGCUUCAAGCCGAGAGACUGAGAAGCAGCCACUCACAGGAUGGUGGGACAGUGAGGCAGACUGUCAAUCAGAGAUGAAUAUGAUCACUUCCCAUUGUUCUGAACUACAUGGUAUUAUUCUUUGUUUCCAUUCUUUACUUUACUGCUCCACUGUAUUACUUGAAUGGUGUUGUCAUGUUUCUUCCCUUUUCUUUAUUACUUUGUCAACUGGAUAGUUUUACUUCAUCAGUCUCUCUUCUUUCAGUCUCUCCUUAUGUUAUUUUACUUUAUUACUUAUAUGCCAGCCUUUUCAUCCAUCUCCCCUCUUUAAAGUAUAGACAACUGUAAUUUCUUAUCAGCUAUUAUUUUCAAUUUCUCAUUUUCUUUCAACUCAACUAUCAAAGAAACCUUCUGUCUUUUCCUCUUCACUUCUAUAAAAGGUCCUGUCUUCAGAACAACUGAAAUACCUUAACUUUCACUCUAAUAACAAAAUACAUCAGUGAACAGAAAUUAAUCUGUCUUUUCUAUUCAAUUUUGAACUGGCAACAUUGUAUUCAGAACCCAAAUACACAUCUUUAUUUUCAACCUAUCAUAAUACAUACAUCAGUAAAACAUAUGUUAAUCUAUUCCUUCUAUUCAACUUUAUAACGUCCAAUUUUAUAAUGCCUGAAAAUGUUCCUCUUGAAAAUUUAGAUGUUACCUUCAUUUUCAAACCAAUAACCUUAACACUGAAUCACACAACUCAAACCAGCCAAAGACACCUUCAGUUUCCAUCACACCUCAGCCUCUCAGCAGCAAAACAUCAGUGUUGGGAGAGAAAUGCAGUGUUCUGGAAGACGAUCUACUUUGUUCUGAUCACCAACAGUUCUGAAGGAAGGAAAGAUUAAUGUGUAUCAAGUACUGUAUCUUCACAUGAACUCAGAUUGGAGUGAAGGGAGGAAAAAUGUCAAAUUUCCUCACUAGUUUGAUUUGAAGGAGGAAAAUGCAUCAGAUCUUCUCACCAGUCUGAUUUGAAAGAGGAAAAGAAAGGAAAAACUAAAUUUCCACACUAUAGUUUGAUUUGAGAGAGGAGAAGAACGUCAGAUUUCCUCACCAGUUUGAUUUGAGUGAAGGAGGAAAAACAUCAAAUCUCUGCCUGUGAUGUUUGACUUAUGAGGAAGGAAACACCAAACCUACUUGUACUUGUGAUGUUAGCAGUCCAGACCAGCACUACUUGUCAAGACUUGUCACCAGCUUGGAGAAAUGUGAGAAAAGGUGAAAGUAAAGCACUCAUCUUCAAGACUGUCACAGAUAUGAAGAGAAAAAGCAUCAAACUUUAAAGAGAAGAAAAGUCAGAAAAUAGCUGAAAGUCAGUCAGUUAUGGAAAAAAAAAGGCCUGAAAAAGUUUACUGAACCACUAAACAAAGCAAGAAAAGGAUAGCUAAAAAACAAAAAAAAAAAAGCUUAGUAAGGUUAUGGGGGAAAAAAGGCAUGAAAAGUCUAUUGAAGCACCAAACUUAUAGAGACAAGGAUAGUAAGAAAAAAAAAAUGGUUAGAAAAAAGAUAGAAAACUUGAAAGCCAGCACAGAUCUUAUGACAAAAAGUGGGAAGGUGUGAGGAAGGUGUAGUGCUUUGUUAGACAGGUGCAUAAAUAUAUAAAAAUCAAAGUUAGUUGAGUACUGUAGUGUGUUUAACUUUUUACUACAUCCCAUUGUCAGCUUUCAAGUGCCAUAUUUGUAUAGGGAACCAUAACACCACCAAUCUGUGUGUGUGUGUGUGUGUGUGUGUGUGUGUGUGUGUUUCACUAUUUAUUCUUCUCUAAGUGCCAAGUGAUGAAAUAAGUAGCUGUGUGUGUGUGUGUGUGUGUGUGUGUGUGUGUGUGUGUGUGUGUGUGUGUGUGUGUGUGUGUGUGUGCGUGCGUGCGUGCGUGCGUGCGUGCUCUAAGAGAUUUUCCCAAACGCAUCCUAACCUAACCAAACAAAGGUCUUUUUGUAACAUGUAAGAAAAAACUAAAGAACAGCUGUGGUGUUGAUGUGCAAUUCUCCCCAAAUGUGUUGUGCAGUGUGCAGGUGUGUCUUGCUCAACAGCUGCAGGGAGGACUGGGCAGGUGUGUGAGGGUGUAGGUAUGGAGAGAGAUCAAUGUGGGAGUAUUAGUCACUGGUGGACAGGUGAUGCAGUCUGGUGUGGUGAUGCAGUCUGAUGCAGUCUGGUGUGGUGAUAGGUGUCUGUGCUGUGCUGUCAGGUGUGAUGCGAAAACUUUCCUAUGAUGAUACUUCAAAAGAAAUACUGUUUUACUGGUGUGUUCUGUCUAAUGAUGUGUUGUCAAAUGAACAAAAAUUCAGAAAAAGAAACAAAAAAUUCAGUGGAGCAUUUCUUGCGUCACGGUGGCUCGUCACGCGUCACGUGUCUGUCAUUUGGGCAUUUUUCUAUGGAAAUACUGCAUGUCAUUUAGUCAUUCUUGUUAUUUGUGUGGUACUCUCCAUUACUCUCUAUUCAGUUGUCUUUCAGAGAUAGGCUGAACCAAGCUUGGCUUUGACCAAGUGACAAGCGGGCUGGGCUAGGGACUGAGGGGGGAGGGGGGGCAGGUCACGCUGUGGCGCUGCGGUCUGUGGCGCAGCAAACUCACGGCUGCGGGCCACAGGUGCAGCACAUUGUGUGGAUUCCAUUUUGUAAAUUCCUGAUGAUAAUUGUGUGGGUGACGACCUACACAUCAGUGUAACCUUAUAUAAAGGUAAGGAAGGUGUACAGUGUAAAACUGCUAUCAUGUUUCUGAUGCCCAGGGAGGCUGCCCUGCCCGCCACGCUGCUGCUGCUGCUGCUGCCGCCGCCAACACUGGUCAGGAAGCUGUUCUAGCAACACUUGCGUCACGCAGCAGCGAGCAGCACGCAGCACAUGUGGUGCUGCCCAACCAGUGUUCUCUUGUUCUGCGUGUGCAGAACAAUGCAGAGCAGAUCAGACGACCUCACAUCUUCAAUCAGACCUGUGAUGUCAGUCGUGCCGGCACUGUGCUGUAGUGGCACCAUGCCGCCGUGGCACUGUGCUGUUGUGGCACCGUGGCACCGUUACUCUCGGAACACCUUGGCCCUUGUGGACCUGUGGUCCUGGCCGCAGGUCUGAGCCACCAGCCGGGGCAGAGGCAGUCUCUGUAUACAUAUAUAUAAAUACGUAUAUAAAUAUUAUAUAUAUAUUAAGCCUUAUUAUAAUAUUUAUACAACUUCUACUCUUCUAAGUCUGUACAUGUGUUUGGCAGCGAGGAGCGCGCCACGCGGGGAAGGGACGAGGUACUACUUGGUGUAGGCCGAAUCAAAACGUUGGGGUUGAAAUCACAGCUGUUUGCCGUCCCCGAGUUGUCUGUGUGUUGCCAUCUGACACUUGCUUUAUGUGAAAGAAAAUUUCCAUGUA